GCACUGGGAAGGCUGUCGGAGGAAAACUCUCUGGGUUACGGGGCUCCCCUGCUGUUCCUCUGCCAUCCCCUGGGGAACUCUUGCUGCUAAAGGGAAACAGGCGGGCACACGAACGAGAGAGGCCGCGGAUUGGGUCUGUGAGUACGAAGGACGUUGUGGUUGGUAACUGUCGCCCUUUUGUCUCCAUUGCAGUGAGGCUGCAUGACAGCAUCUCCGAGGAGGGCCACCACUACCUGAUAUUUGACCUUGUCACGGGUGGGGAGCUGUUCGAGGACAUUGUGGCCAGAGAAUACUACAGUGAAGCAGAUGCCAGUCACUGCAUUCAGCAGAUCCUGGAAGCUGUUCUGCAUUGCCACCAGAUGGGCGUGGUGCACCGGGACCUAAAGCCGGAGAACCUGCUGCUGGCAUCCAAACUGAAGGGAGCUGCGGUCAAGCUGGCAGACUUCGGCCUAGCCAUUGAGGUGGAAGCGGAUCAGCAGGCUUGGUUUGGUUUCGCAGGCACACCAGGGUACCUUUCUCCAGAAGUGCUCCGGAAGGAUCCCUAUGGCAAAGCUGUGGACCUCUGGGCGUGUGGAGUCAUUCUCUAUAUUCUGUUGGUUGGGUAUCCUCCCUUUUGGGAUGAGGAUCAACACCGACUCUACCAGCAGAUCAAAGCCGGAGCCUAUGAUUUCCCUUCACCCGAGUGGGAUACCGUCACUCCUGAAGCAAAAGACCUCAUCAACAAGAUGUUAACGAUCAACCCAUCCAAGCGUAUCACGGCAGCAGAGGCUCUGAAGCAUCCAUGGAUAUCGCACCGCUCCACCGUGGCGUCAUGCAUGCACAGACAAGAGACAGUGGACUGCCUGAAGAAGUUCAACGCCAGAAGAAAGCUAAAGGGAGCGAUUCUCACUACGAUGCUGGCAACCCGGAAUUUCUCCGGAGGGAAAAGCGGAGGCAACAAGAAGAAUGACGGCGUGAAGAAAAGAAAGUCCAGUUCCAGCGUUCAGUUAAUGGAGUCUUCGGAGAGCACUAACACCACCAUUGAAGAUGAAGACACCAAAGUACGAAAACAAGAAAUUAUUAAAGUAACAGAGCAACUGAUCGAAGCAAUAAGCAAUGGAGACUUUGAGUCCUACACGAAGAUGUGUGAUCCUGGAAUGACCGCCUUUGAGCCCGAGGCCUUGGGGAACCUGGUGGAAGGACUGGAGUUCCAUCGAUUCUACUUUGAAAACUUGUGGUCCAGGAACAGCAAGCCAGUGCACACCACCAUCCUGAACCCGCACAUCCACCUAAUGGGAGAUGAGUCGGCCUGCAUCGCCUAUAUCCGCAUCACACAGUACGUCGAUGCAGGUGGCAUCCCACGCACUGCCCAGUCUGAGGAGACCCGCAUCUGGCACCGCCGGGAUGGCAAAUGGCAAAUCGUUCACUUCCACAGAUCUGGAGCACCUUCCGUUCUACCGCACUGAAGCGUUGGCCACGCGGGCCAGGUUUGUCACUGCCUCACUGCGAAGGGAAUACCCACCCCCCUCCUUCACCUAUGGAACUUGGCUGCUGGGUCUACUGCUUGGCUCUUGCUGGAAUUCCUCCUGCUCACCUGGCUCCUCACCAAAAACAAACAAAGGACAACCAGGCCCGAACGAGCUUCAAAUUGACUUCUCUCUCUCUCUCUCUCUCUCCCCAUACUGUCACCUUCGGGCACAGCAAGCUCUGUCAGGGCCUGUGCGCAGGUCCCACUGCUUCGGCAUGAAACCAUCCGCGGUAAGACAAUUACAAACAAGUGGCCAACACACAGAACGUGUCUUAGGCGAAGGCCUGCACCCGCCGCCUCUCCGGAACUCACAGAUCCCCACGCAUCCUCCCUCAUGGCUCAAUGCGUUUCUCAUAGAACGGGAUAGGACUCCUAUUCCACCUCCAUCCUCACCUCUGCCUGGGAGUCUCCGGGUACAGGCAAAAGGGUGGAGCCUGAGGGGAGUUUCAAGCUACUUUGGGCUGACCAAGGUCUGGGGCCACCUCCUCUCAGCACCAGUGGGGUUUGCCUUAUUGGUGUCUAGGUACCUAGUCUGAUGCCUUUGACCUUGGCAUGUUCCCCAUACCGCUCCUCCUCAGGGCUCCUGCCCUCCCAGUUCUUCUUUGCAGCGACAGCUGAAGGACAUCUGCUUAAACUCUUUCAAUAUCCUACUCACCUGCUACUCUAGGGCGAGUAGGGUUUUAUUGUGACGGGUGAGUAAAAUAUAUCCUUUGUUUCUCUUCCUGGAAACGGCUGAGCAGGCAAUUAGCAUGCGAACUCACUGGACUGGGCAGGCCCAGUGAAUUCUCACGCUAAUUUUGACCAUGCUGGUCAAAUGCGAACAUUUUCCUUUCUUUCUCCCUUCUCCCUUUGGAGCGGGGCUUAGAGAUGCUGGGAAAAGAGAGUGAGAGAUUAAGAAAACAAUUUCAAGAGCUUUAUUGGCACAAUAAGGUAUCUAAGUGCAACUAAAGUUGAGAGAUCAGCUCUCUGUGCAGAGGGCAGUGAUAGCCAUGGUUAUAGGUUGGGUGUGGUAGCUGGCUCUUCUUCCGCAAGCAUUAUUUAUCCAUUCCUGACUCAGUGAUAGGAACUGUUUCACCAUCAUCCAAUACAUUGCAGGUGGUCUUCUUUACCCUCGGCCAAUUUAAGAGACCAGCUCCAAAUAUCUAGUGUUGAAUCUACCCCUUUGCCCCCAGAUUGCUCUUUCAAUCUGCCCUCCAAGACUCAAUUUUCUCUUCCUUUUUAAAGGCCACCCAAAACCAGGAACCAAAACCCUUCCCCAUUAAUCAGCUUCAGGAAAUUCACAGUAUUGACAACACUGGUGCUUAAGGAACUAGAGCCAGCUGUUCAUUUGAGAGAGAAAAAUAAACCGACCACAUGACACCUUCCAGCAAAGAUGGCGAAUGUAAACUUUAGUAAUAAAACUUUGAGGAAUCCGAUUAUGCUUCGAAGAAACAAAACAAGCCUUUAGCUAUCUCUUCUACUUUGAGCGCAUGCCUUUUUAUAGGAAAAAGAAACCUACCGUGUAUUUCGUAAAUGGAUUUUGAGUAUUUGCUGGAUCUUUAUGUAAUAACUAGAAAUAUUGACCGUUUUGGGGGGUGGGAAUUUUUGGGGAGUUGUUGGAUUUGGGGAGGUUGUUUUUGUUUUGUUUACAUGUGGGAGUGGCUUGGUAACAAAGCGAUGGUCAUCGUGAAGGUGGCCCCAAGAGGGCAGGGUGGGGAAAGUUCCAUAGCUGGUUUUCCUGUGAACCACGUUGAGCCCCUUAAGACACACGGGACUUGUGGUAAUGGGGUCGUUUCUAUUUGCAAUGGAAAUGUUUGAAUGUCAGAAGUGCCCAUUUGAAUGGAGACAACUGGACAGUGAGGCAUUUCUGGGCUGAAGUUGCAGGUUCUGCAAGGAGAGUUGUCAUCUCCAAGGGACAUCUGAGCCGGCUGGCAGGAAUACAGCAGGCAUGGGUCAUUUCUGAGCCUGUGCAUUUUCUUGAACGAUAAACAACCAUCCGGUGGUUCUUCCGGCGCCACCGUUAUGUCAGUCUCAUGACAUCGGGAGGGGCUGGAAAGACGUCUAUUUUUGGUAGAGGUAUGAGAGGCGUGAUCUGGUUAUUUUUUGGUAAUCCUUCCAUUUCCUGUUCUCUUUUUUCCAACUGCAACUUCUUUACUCUUUGAUGUGAAGUUACUGCAGUGCACUUGCGCUGCCCGGGGACUUUCUAACUGCACUUUCUUCAUUUGCAUGACGUUUAACUUUAUAGACGGUGCGUGUAUUUAGAAAAAAACAAACAAAAAUGCUUGUUUUGGACAAAAAAAACAACAACAGUGUAUUCUCAAUGUAAA